AUGCAACCAGGUUUCUAUGAUAUUGAAACAGAAAUAUGUACACCAGAAUUUGAUGAUAUCAAGGAAUACAUACCACCGGAAAUUGAAAAAAAUAUCGUUGAAAAACGUCCGAUUUCCAUGUUUAUCACUGUUUACCUAAUGGAUCUCGAUCAGUAUACCAAUGAAUCAUACAUAUCGGAAUUUGAUAAAGUAUUACUACGACGACGUAUGGCGCAAAAUACGAUAGCAUGCUUUCUGAUGGGAAUUGAUGUAAAAAUUGCCUAA